UGUUUCUGCAUACAGGCAAAACUUACAGUUCAACAAAAUGAUUUCAAAAUCACCCUAAAAAGACUUGAAGAUUCCUUGUUAUCGAGAUUAUCGGCAGCUUCUGGAAACUUCCUCGGUGACACAGCGCUCGUAGAAAACCUGGAAACAACAAAGAAGACAGCUGCUGAGAUUGAAAUCAAGGUAGCUGAAGCAAAGAUCACUGAAGUAAAGAUCAACGAAGCAAGAGAGGGAUAUCGUGUUGUUGCGUUGAGAGCAGCCUUGCUAUACUUUAUACUUAAUGAUCUAAACAUCAUUAACCCUAUCUAUCAGUUCUCACUAAAGGCAUUCAAUGUUGUGUUCUCAAAAGCCAUUGAGCGUUCCGAGGCCUCAGAUGAUUUGAAGAUCCGGGUUCAAAACCUCAUCCAGACAACUACAUACAGUGUUUUCCAAUAUACUACAAGAGGGUUGUUUGAAUGCGAUAAAUUAACUUUCACUGCACAAGUUGCCCUGCAGAUCCUCCUCGCAAACAAAGAGAUCAACCUCACCGAGAUGGAUUUCCUUCUUCGCUUUCCAGUGAAGAUGGAUUCGUCAAGUCCUGUGGAUUUCCUCAGUAAUUAUUCAUGGGGUGGAAUCAAGGUCCUCUCGGAGUUUGAGGACUUCCGUAACCUCGAUCGUGACAUCGAGGGAUCAGCGAAGAGAUGGAAGAAGUUUGCGGAGAGCGAGUGUCCGGAGAAAGAAAAGUUUCCUCAGGAGUGGAAGAACAAAACAACCCUCCAAAAGUUGUGUAUGAUGAGAGCAUUAAGACCAGACAGGAUGACUUAUGCUGUACAGAAUUUUGUUGAAGAGAAACUUGGAACACAAUAUGUUGAGAACCGAUCAGUUGAGUUUUCCAAGUCAUACGAGGAGAGUGGACCGGAGACUCCAAUCUUCUUCGUUUUAUCACCGGGUGUUAAUCCACUCAAAGAUGUGGAAGCUAUUGGGACAAAGCUUGGAUUUACCAUUGAUAACAAGAACUUCCAUAAUGUAUCACUUGGUCAAGGGCAAGAAAUUGUUGCUGAGCAAGCGUUGGACCUUGCUGCUAAGGAAGGCCAUUGGGUGGUGUUGCAGAACGUACAUCUUGUUGCGAAGUGGCUUUCCACCCUUGAGAAGAAGAUAGAGAAAUACAGCAUCGGUAGUCACGAUUCAUACAGGGUGUAUAUAUCAGCUGAACCAGCAGCCACACGGGAAUCACACAUCAUACCUCAAGGAAUCCUUGAAUCUUCCAUCAAAAUAACAAACGAACCACCCACGGGGAUGCAAGCUAAUUUGCAUAAAGCUUUGGAUAAUUUCAACCAGGAAACGCUUGAAAUGUGUAGCCGUGAAACUGAGUUCAAGUCCCUGCUUCAGUCGUUAUGUUAUUUCCAUGCUGUGUUAUCGGAAAGAAAGAAGUUUGGUCCGCAAGGUUGGAACCGACCGUAUCCAUUCAAUGUUGGUGAUCUCACCAUAUCUGUUAAUGUGUUGUUCAACUAUCUGGAAGCUAAUAGUAAGGUUCCAUGGAAUGAUCUCCGUUAUCUCUUCUGUGAGAUUAUGUACGGAGGGCAUAUCACGGAUGACUGGGAUCGGAAACUUUGUCGCACUUACCUCGAAGUCUAUAUGCAUCCAGACCAACUUGAAGGGGAGUUGUUGCUUGCACCUGGCUACCCCGUGCCACCCAACAUGGAUUAUAAGGGAUACCAUGAAUAUAUUGAUGAGGUUCUUCCUCCCGAAAGUCCCUACCUCUAUGGAUUACAUCCCAAUGCUGAGAUCGGAGUCCUCACUACAACGUCCGAGAAUCUCUUCCGGACUUUACUUGAGAUGCAACCGAAGGAUGCAGCUGGAGCAGGAGCAGGAGGGAUCACUAGGGAAGAGAAAGUUAAAGCAUUACUUGAUGAAAUAUUGGAGAAACUUCCUGAAGAAUUCAACAUAAUUGAGUUACUAUCUAAGGUGGAAGAUAGAACACCUUAUAUAGUGGUGGCUUUCCAAGAAUGCGAGCGGAUGAAUAUAUUGACAAAGGAACUACGUCAAUCACUUAAACAACUCGAUCUUGGGUUGAAGGGUGAACUAACCAUCACACCAGACAUGGAGGAAUUAGAAAGUGCCAUGUUCUUUGACUCGGUACCUGAAUCAUGGACCAAACGUGCCUACCCAUCCAUGUAUGGACUCACUGCAUGGUUUGCUGAUUUACUUAUAAGGAUAAAGGAACUUGAGGCUUGGACGACAGACUUCCAACUUCCUAAUGUUGUUUGGCUCGGUGGUUUGUUCAAUCCGCAGUCAUUCCUUACAGCUAUCAUGCAAUCCAUGGCCAGGAAGAAUGAAUGGCCACUUGAUAAGAUGUGUUUACAAUGUGAUGCUACUAAGAAAAAUAAAGAGGAUUUUAACAGCCCACCUCGUGAAGGCUCGUAUAUACAUGGAUUGUUCAUGGAAGGGGCACGA